UUGUCAAAGAUCCUAAUCCCACCCCCUGGAAAAAAAUGUGGUAGUAGUCUAAAAUUGCAUAGCUGGGGGAAAGACCCUGGGUUUACAUGGAAAACUUAGUAUUAAUCGCGUUUGUGCGUGUUUGUGUUUUGUAGGUUCGGGAUGUGUGUUGUGGUCUGUAUUUAGGCUGCAGUUUCCCUCUCGUUUGGUACAAACCCCAUGAAACGGCAGAGAAACCCUUUGGAAUUGCUUUUUAGAUAGACCUUCCGUAGGGUCUUUUAAAGUUUAUCAAAAAAGAAGACUGUGUUUUGGUUUUGUUUGGGUUUUGUUUGGUUGGGUUUUUUAAAAUUUUUUUAAUGUUUUCGACAGUUUCCGGGUGGCAGGGUACGUUAUGUGUUGUUUUUUUGGGCUUUAAAAAAAUUUUUUUCCUCUUAAAGCCGUCUCCCAGACUCUUGGAGAUGCGCGAUUUUUAUUUAAGCGGAUGGGGGGGUGGGGGAGGAAGAAGAGCACGUUUUGGUUUGUUUUUCCUUUUCCCGGGGAAGCCUGGAUGUCUCCUGCCGCGGGAGACCCCUUCCCGCAGGGCCGCGGUGUCGGGAGUGCCGGGGUGCCGGCGUUCGGCGGGGUGCGGGAGGCGCCGCCGGCCCCGCGCCGCUCCGGCGGCCGAGGUGGCGCCUCUGCCGGCAGCGGCCUCUACGCAAGGCCGGGGAUCGGCGGCCUAGUGCUGCCGGUGGGGGGAGGAGGCGAGCGGCACUUCCCGCGCCAUCCGUGCGGGAACCAGCCCCGGGGUUUAGAUUUUCGAAUGAGGCACGGGAAUGCGAGCUGGGUGGGCAGGAAAGCAAGAGCAAGUGGCUUAGGGAUAGGCAGCAUCCCCCCACAGCUCUCUCCUUGCUCCUUGACUGCGCUGCAGUGGGGGCAGGGGGGAGGGUGGCCUGUGGUAAUAGGUGAAGGUGUUGUGUGUGGAACACAAGGCUGAAGGGAGCGGAAAAUGAGAGGAUAUCUACCCAGUUUGUGAUUCAGUCACCCACUUCACUGGCUCAUGCUUCCUUCUGAAGGCAAGAAAACUAUUUUGUCUGUCUGUAGCAUUUUAUUCCUGUCUGGCAAAUGGUUUGUAAUUUAUUGACAAACUGUGAAUAAAGUUCUCUCUAGGUGCUGGACCAGAGAGGAUAAAUGUCUCUGGACUGAAAGGAUAAGAGCUUUAUAGUGGAGAUAUAAAUACUCAAUAUUU